UGUUUUAAUCAUUUCGUGGUGAGGUCAUAUCCGUUGGCCAUACUGCUAGUUUAUCCUCUCGGUUUCCGUGAUUAAGUUGAUGAUGGGAAGACGCAAUUCCGAGAAUAAUGACCGUCGAACUGAACAAUUCCGCAAACUGUUUAUAGGAGGUCUGACUCCUCUCACUACAGAAGCCAAGUUGAAGGACUUUUACUCACAAUGGGGAGAGAUUGUAGACGUAGUGGUGAUGAAAGAUGGUCGUACAAAUCGUUCUAGAGGUUUUGGAUUUAUAACAUACAAGGAACCAGAGAUGGUGGAUGCUGCCCAAGCUAACAGGCCACAUGAGAUUGAUGGCAAGACAGUGGAGGCUAAACGAGCUAUGCCACGUGAAGAUUCCAACAGUCCUGAGUCUCAUAUGACGGUGACUAAACUCUUCGUUGGAGGCUUAAAGAAGGAUGUAACGCAAGAGGAACUGCGCGAAUACUUCAGCAAGUAUGGCAAUAUUACCGAGUGUGAGGUGGUAUCCUGGAAGGAAACAGGCGAGUCGCGUGGCUUCGGCUUCGUCACGUUCGAUGACUACGACCCUGUUGACAAGGCUAUCUUGUACAAGCCCCAUCACAUAGGCUCCAGCAGAGCAGAUGUCAAGAAAGCCCUCAGUAAAGAGCAAAUCAAUACGAUGAAAAAGAAGCAGGAGUCCAGGAAUGAGUAUAAUAACAACUAUGGUGGCGGUGGCUAUGGCCCAAUGGGUGGUGGUGGCUACGGCGGGUACGAAGGAGGCUAUGGAGGAUCUUAUGGAGGUGGUCCUUAUGGUGGAUAUGGUGCUAAUGGCGGAGGUGGUGGUGGCUACGGUGGCGGUGGUUAUGGAGGCGGCUGGGGUCACAACCACAUGAAUGGGGACGGUCCAGGUUGGGGUCAAGGAGGAAUGGGUGAUGGAUUUGGUCACUACGGAAACCAGCAGAACUAUGCCGGCGGUCCGAUGCGAGGCGGCCCACCGGGUGGAGGUUACCAACGGAAUGCUCCCUACGGAGGGGGCUAUGGCCGUCGUUAGUCUCACACAGGUAAGGAUUUUCUAGUAUGAGCAUGUUUUCAACGUCUAAUUACUUCUUCGUAUCCGUUGCAGGGUUAGUAUGGCCUCAACAGUUUGGUCUAGGCAGUUCUACUAGCAGAGGAGACAGAGUUGUCCUAGCGCCCUCAGGUUCUAGGUCAGCCAGCAGAAAGUCGACAGCCUGUCUAUAGCUGAAGAGGCCAGGGAUCCCAUUAUUCACCGUGUAUAUAUAUCUCUACUGUUAACUGUUAAUUUUCACUGCAUGUGCAAUCGAGCGUUCUUUUUAACUGUCAUGUCCAUCGCGAGUUAGCAUCCAAUUGAGAGUGACUUUUAUCUUUAAGUGUAAAGUUUCGUAUCAUAUAUGCAUAAGCCCAUGCAGCAUCAUUUUUUAACCAAGCUUUGUCACUAGUAUUGAAGGAAAUAAAAGUGUUGAAGCCAGUUAGUCUUUUGAGUUAUGAGUUUUAUCGAUAGCAGUGAGGGAGACAUGAUUACUGGGCGGAAGACAAGGUUGACUUGGUAGGUCUUCCAGCCCCCUGUUUAAGUGAGCCUGUCUUUGCACAAGGCUCCCCUAAGGACAAGGGUCAGAAGGUAACACUGGGGCUUGUUCCAGUGCUAGAUCUAAUUGUUGCGUAUACUGGGUCCAGGGAGCAUAUAGCAGGACUGAAGGUCAGGGUAACAAUUCACUUUGUUCACAAUUUUUGAGUGGUUUUGCAGAUCUCCUCGCCGUGCACCCUGGAGGAUUCUAAACCCGUCCGCGACAUGGAACGCAACGAAUUUGGCAGCUCCUGCACUUGUAUGACUGCCAACAACAACAAGUCAGAAUGGGAAAAGCAAGAUAGAUAUCAUCAUUACGUCAAAAUCAGUGAGAAAAUCUACUGUACUUUUGGCAUAUGAAACAAGAUCCGGAUCUUCAACACUAUACGCCAAUCAUGUCGGUGCUUCUAAUUUUUUUUUAGACACUUGGCGUGUGUGUAUGUAACUAAAAUCAUUCCCAACAGAUCUGUGCAAAUUUUCACCAAUAGCUGUCUCUGCUCAAUAUCGAAGACUAAUUGGUUAGUCGACCAGAGAGGACAAGCAAUACGAAACUCUGACAGUGCAGGGAACCAUCACAUGCCAGAUAGACCUUCAAAUGGAACCUGAAUGGAAAUGAUAACUUGGAGGAAAAUUUUGAAGGUGUAAAGAUGAAGAAAUAAAAACUUGUAGAGAGUCAAAUGACAAGCUGAAAAUGACGACAGAGAGCAGAAGACGUUCAAGUUGUGCUUCUGAAGUCGUGUGUUCCAUGUUUCUGAUUCUGAAAAAUAUAUCAACAUAUUCUGAAUGAUCAAA